AUUUUUAGCAUUUUCUAACAUAAGCCGACGAGAAUUAAGAACAUCAUCAAAGGAGAUUAGCGUUUGGCUUUUUACGAGUAAAGUUAAUCUAAUUUUUAUCAGUUAAUACAUCAGCAAUUAAAAAAGUUACUCAAAUAACAUGAAUUUGGAACCAAUCAACAAUGCUCUAUCCCAUUUGAGAGUAUUGCGGUCCAGCGUCGGUCAAGUUUUUGAAUCGCUCGGCAAUGGCGUUCGGGCAGAGCACGGUGAAGAAGGCAAAGAACAAAAGUUCCUGCACGAGCUGCAGGAAUAUCUCAAUUCUGUAAACUCAAAUCUAAGGGAAUUCGAAGCAUGCAUAAAUGAUCUAACGCCGCCACAGGCGCCAUUCAAUCUGGCCAACACUGCAUAUUUAUCGUUGGAAACUAACCUGGAACGACAAGCUCUGUAUCCGCAUCUGGUACAGAGCUACAAGUGGCAUGAUAAAUUGCACGAGUAUAGUACCUUUGCCUCCACAUUGCUGCAGCAGAAUGCUCUCAAACGGUCCUAUUAUGGCAAUACCAAGCGGCGGAGGUCUCUGCCCUCCAGUCAUCUGGCUACUCCACAGACGGUUGACAACCUUAUUGGCAGUAUUCACUUUAACAACAUGAACCUCAAAAUUGUUCGUCCCUCUAUGACCAAUGCGAUCUUACACAUAACAAUAGCUCGCGUGCUGCGGGCGGCGGUCAUUCUGAAAGGUCUACUGAUCGAGUGGGUCACCGUGAAAGGUUUCGACGAGUCGCUAAUGGAUGGAGUUGACGAACAUUGGACCGAAUCGAAGCAUCAGGUCUUUCGAAAAGUGCAAGACCAUGCCCAUUCGGCGAUGUUGCACUUCUUUUCGCCUACCCUGCCGGAACUGGCAAUUCGAAGUUUCAUUACUUGGUUCCGCAGCUAUGUUACACUGUUUGCCGAUCCGUGUAAAAAAUGCGGUAAACAUUUGCACAAUACUCUGCCGCCCACGUGGAGGGAUCUGCGAACCUUGGAACCGUUCCAUGAAGAAUGCAAACAAUGAUGCUCUCGGUGGUUUGAAAUGUAAGUUGCUUUGCAAUUGCUGUAUGCAUUGAAAUAUCUCUUUAUUUUUUAUAAGUGAAAAAAA